GAAAUUGGAAGAACCAUAAUAUUAGUUUCUUUCUUCGCAGAGGUCAACUGCAUAAAAAACCUAUAUCUUUGGCGUGAAAAUUCAUCCAUCAUCAACGAAGAAUUAUUUCAAGGUUAUCGGAAAGGAAAUCCUGCUCAUAAGAUCAGCGAAUAUGUUGGAGCUUAUGAUUUCCUGAAUACAAGCAAAAUUAAUUUCAAUGUAAACUUGUGGUACAACUCCACCUAUAGCAAUCGGGGCAAACCACGGCUAUUGCGGGUACCAAGAACCUUGAAUAUGGUCUCAAAUGCAUUUCUUCGCCAAUUUAAGUCUUCGAAGAGUAGAAUCCUUCUUAGUUAUGUCAAAGAAAUGCCCAAGGCAGGGACAAGGAUUGCUCUGGACUUGUCAGAAUUACUUGGUCCACUUCUUUAUUCAUGGGUGGUCCAGUUGCUAUUACCUGUCUUCUUGAUUUCUCUAGUACAUGACAAGCAGCACAUGAUACGAAUUAUGAUGAAGGUACAUGGGCUUGGAGAUGGACCAUAUUGGGUGAUCACUUACUGCCACUUUUUGUCCAUAUCAUUUCUUUAUAUGCUGUGGUUGGCUACUUUUGGAUCUAUCAUAGGCCUAGAUAUUUUCAGACUGAAUAACUACUGUAUCCAAUUCUUAUUCUAUGGACUCUACAUAAACCUACAGAUUGUACUAGCCUUCUUGGCAGGGAUUGGAUUUUCUGAUGUCCACAGUGCUGCAGUUGUAGGCUACAUUUAUGUGUUUGGUUCUGGACUUCUGGGUUCCUUCCUUUUCCAAUUCUAUAUUGAGCAUCUAGACUUCUCGAGAAAGACGCUAUUCAUCAUGGAGCUAAUUCCUGGUUUCUCAUUGUACCGAGGACUAUAUGAGCUCUCACAAUUUGCAUUAGGAGGUCAUUACCAAGGAACCUAUGGUAUGCAGUGGAAGGAUUUGAGCGAACAUGACAAUGGCAUAAAAGAAGUUUUAGUCAUCAUGGCAUUAGAAUGGCUGAUUCUACUUUAUGUAUCAUAUUACCUUGAUCAACUGGCACUUGCAAGGAAUGGAGCAUGCAGAUAUUCAUCAAUUUUCACAAGAAACUUCAAAAACAGGAGCAUUCAACCCACGGUGCCAAUCAAAAUUCCCAGUUCAACUAUAACUGUGGAUCAAGAGAACUCUGAUAUUUUUGAAGAGGUCUGCAAAGUUGAGAAUUUGUUGAAAAAAUCUACCGGAGGUCAUCCUAUUAUUUUAAGUAAUUUGGAAAAGGUUUAUACGGGAAAGGAUGGAAACCCAAACAAGCAGGCAGUUCACAGCCUAUCCCUAGCAGUUGCAAAAGGAGAAUGCCUUGGCAUGCUUGGUCCAAAUGGAUCAGGGAAGACCACCGUUAUCAACAUGGUGACUGGACUGCUUCUUCCAACAUCAGGAAGAGUAUUUCUUAGCAACAAAGACAUAAGUUCAAGUAUGGACAACAUUCAUGCAAAGAUCGGCAUCUGCCCACAAAAGGACUUGCUCUGGGAUAGUUUGAGUGGGAGGGAACACUUGAUGUUCUAUGGCAGGUUAAGAAAUCUAAAGGGUCUGGAACUACAACAAGCAGUUGAUAAUUCACUCAGAAGCUUGGAUCUUUAUGAAGGCAAUGUGGGUGAUCACCUUGCAGGAACAUAUAGUGGGGGCAUGAAACGGCGGCUCAGCGUAGCAAUUUCCCUUAUUGGAGAUACACAGGUUGUGCUUUUGGAUGAGCCAACCACAGGUCUGGACCCAGAUUCAAGGAAUUACUUGUGGCACGCCAUUAAAUUGGCAAAGAGAGAUCGGGCUAUUAUUCUUACCACACACUUAAUGGAUGAGGCAGAGUUUCUUUGCGACCGUCUAGCAAUCAUUGUGAAUGGCAGAUUGCGGUGUGUUGGAAGCUCAAGUGAGCUCAAAACAAGAUAUGGAGGAUCGUAUCAACUUACCAUAUCAGCAGAUCCUAUCAACAAGGACAUUAUUGAGGAUAUGGUGACUAGCCUCUGUUCAGACGCCAUGAAGAUUUAUGAUGUCAUUGGGACCCAAAGAUUUCGGCUACCCAAGCAAGUGGUAAGAGUUCAAGAGAUCUUUAAGGCCAUAGAAGUUCUCAAGAGACAGGUAGCAAUUCAUGCUUUUGAGGUGACCGGUACCUCUAUGGAGGAUGUCUUCAGCAAUGUAGUUAAUCACGCACUGGAAAGCGAAAUAGAUUAGAUUUUGUCAGAAUUUUGUUGCUUUAUCAUUUCCAGUGUAAAAUUACUUUUAUGCAGACUUAAGAUGAAUGUAGCAAAGAGUGAAAGUA